UUCUGUUGAGAGCCUCUGCAAUAUUUGUACUUUUUAUUCGUCCUGUUAUUGUUUUGUUUUUAUUGAACUCUGGGGUCCAUUAGGGCACCGCUUGAGUGUGGAAUGGCUGAACUGGUGCGAAUCCGUAAGAAACGGCUGCAGAUCCCCAUCUCUAGGCUGAGGACUAUGCUCAAGCAGCUGGAGGAGAAAGAUGUUGACUUUGAAGAAAUCAAAAAGAAUCUGGAUUUCACAGCGUCGUUACUGGAGGCAGUUUACCUCGAUGGAACAAGGCAGUGUCUGGAGUCUGAGGACGACCUUCAGCAGAUGCAGUCCGACGGCGUGCCUUCAGAGGUCACCGAUUGGCUGGCGUCCACCUUCACCCAGAGGGUUCGGCGGCCUGUACGGCGCCCAGAUGAGAAGCCCAAGUUCCGCAGCAUUGUGCAUGCGGUGCAGGCUGGGAUAUUUGUUGAGCGGAUGUUCAAGAGGACCUACACAGCCGUCAUGCCAGACGAGCCAGCAGUGGUCAUAAACUGCCUCAGGGAUGUUGACCGCUGGAACUUCGACGUGUUUGCUCUGAACUCCGCCAGCUCUGAUCACGCACUACGAACUCUGUUCUUUGAGCUGAUCACCAGAUAUGGCCUCAACAGCCGUUUUAAGAUCCCCAUCUCGUGCCUGACAGAGUUCCUCUCUGCAUUGGAGAGAGGAUACAGUAAACACACCAACCCCUACCACAGCCACGUUCAUGCUGCCGAUGUGACUCAGACGCUGCACUGCCUGCUUCUGCGCUCUGGACUCGUGCACUGGCUGACAGAGCUUGAGGUGAUGGCGUCACUAUUUGCCGCGGCCAUCCAUGACUUUGAACACACAGGGACCACAAACAACUUUCACAUCCACACAAAGUCAGAGUUUGCAUUGAUCUACAAUGAUCGGUCGGUACAGGAAAGCCAUCACCUGAGUGCAGCGUUUCGCCUGCUGCAGGACGACAAAAUGAACAUCUUCACGAAUUUGACGAGAGAGGAAUGGAUGGAGCUGCGGUCACUAGUUAUAGAGAUGGUGCUGGCCACAGACAUGUCCUCCCACUUACUGCAAGUCAAAGGGAUGAAAUCCUGUCUCCAACAACACGAAAGGAUUGACAAGUCAAAAGCUCUGUCUCUGUUGCUCCACACGGCUGACAUAAGCCACCCAUCCAAGCCCUGGGCACUGCACUCCCGCUGGACCACAGCCCUGAUGGAGGAGUUCUUCAGGCAGGGUGAUAGAGAGGCAGAGCUCGGCCUUCCCUUCUCUCCACUGUGUGAUCGAAAAAGCACCCUGGUAGCCGAGUCUCAGAUCGGUUUCAUAGACUUCAUUGUGUAUCCUACAUUCUCUCUGCUGACGGACAUGGCUAAAAGGAUUGUCAUUCCUUUGGUGGAGGAGAACCCAGGUCCCCCAGACCCCUGCAAUAGACACAGUAAUGUGUGGAAGGAGAGCUCCAGAGGUCUGCAGUGGAGUCUCGCUCACAUCACAGCUGAGCUGGUAAGCUUCCGCUCCACUUGGACUCGACACACUGAAGACAACAAGAUCCAAUGGAAGGAACGUGGCUUCAAUGGAUUUUCAGACGCCAGUGCGACAAAAGGGCAGAGUGCCAGACAAGAGGACCUGUCAGAAACAUCCCUGCCAGACCCCACGACAGAUUCAAAAUAGUAGACAGAACUUGAUUUAUUAUGUGCUUUAAAGAAAUAUAUUUCUUCAAAGGUUAACUGAGGAAAUGCUGAGUCACUGUAUGUAACAAAAGCACAAUGCCUUCUUAUAUGGUGAUAGUGGGAUCGAUGAGGGAGGGUGGUUUAAGGUUAAAUUCAUCUUCCCAAGGUAAGAUGAAGUACAUGCACAGAAGUGUCCCCAUGUCUUAUUUUAAGGGUAGUAUACUCUGAUGAUUUCAAUGCAAAGUGUACAUGCUGGCCAUGUAUGUGCAUGUUAUUAAUUUAAUUUGCCACCUAAACACUUGUAAGCAACAUUUUACACUUAAUAGUUUUACCUGUACACAAGUCAUUUUUGGAUAAAAGAAUAGAAACAAUAAACGUUGAAAAUAUGCAAA